AUGUCACUUCGUUCAAUACAGAAUAAUCAAACAGUGGUAUUUAAAAGGAAUCUAAGUUUUCUUUGGAAAUUUCUUGCAUUAGAUGAUGGUAAACAAAAAAUGGAACGUAAAUUAUAUAAUUGGGAUGAAUCACCUUAUGAAUCAAUAAGAACAAGAUCAGCAUUAAUUAAAGCAAAAGCAUUAUGUCCAAUCACUUCAAAAUCUAUAAAUUAUAUAUGUCCAUAUUCAGGAAUACCCACGCAUCAUUCAAAAGAAGCAUGGGAACAAGAUACUGAAUAUCAUAAACUUAAGAAAUAUGAACAAUUGAAAAAGGUUAAUUUAUAUGAACAUGAUUUAAGAUCAGGUAGAAAAUUUACUGAAUUUGCGUUUCCAGGAAAACAAGAUAAGAAUUUCACUAUUAAUUUAGGUAAUUGGGAUUCUUUUUUUUAUACAAGAGAUUUCCCUCCUAUGAAUGAUGAAUUUAAUUUAGCUGCUGCUACAAAAGUUUUAACAUAUCCAUUGACUAUUGCUUCAUUAUUUUAUAAAUUUUCACCAUAUGAAAUAGAACCAAAAGGACCAAUUACAUUAGAAGGUGCAAAAUCAUUAGCUGCAUUAAGGUAUUCAUUGUACCCUCCAUAUGUUAAAUCUUCAGAAAGUUCAAUUACCUUCAAAGAUCGUCCAAUGAGAAUAUUCAUCAUUGGAGCAAGUAUAGAAUCAAUGAUUCCAGGAUAUGUAUGGAAACAAUUUGGAUAUCUUUUUCCAAAUACAAAUUUUGAAAUUCAUUUUAUUGGACCUGAAGCUUAUUUCGAUAAAGAAUCAAAAACAUUUCAACUGACAAAUACACCAUUUGGAAAACCAUUAAUUAUUAGAUUUGAUGAACAAAUUACAUUACAUCAUCAUACUAAAUUUUUCAAUGAAAUUUAUGAUAUGGGUGAUUUAUUCCCAUUUGAUCCUUAUUUAGAUUCAUUUUUCUUAUUUCAUCCUGGUUUUAAAACUGCUGAUCAAAUACAUUGGAAUAAAUCUCUCAAGGGAUUACUAGAAUCUAAAUGUCCAAUAUAUAUGACUGGAUAUCAUGAAGAUGAUAUAAAUAAAGAAAUUGAAUGGUUAAAAAAUCAUGAGUUAUCUAAUGAAAUGGAUGUAAUUAUGAAUAAAACUGAUAAUUUAUUUGGUUGUACUAAAUUAGAACUAGUUGAUAGUAAUCCAACAGAGACUUAUAAUAUUAAUAACAAGAUAUUUGGAUUUAGAGGUAAGAGAUAUCAUGCAAUAAAGACAUAA